AUGUCUGCUGCCCCUGAAAAGUUUUUCUUCACUUCUGAAUCCGUCGGUGAAGGUCACCCAGAUAAGAUCUGUGAUCAAGUUUCUGAUGCCAUCUUAGAUGCUUGUUUAAAGGUUGACCCACUCUCCAAGGUUGCUUGUGAAACUGCUGCCAAGACCGGUAUGAUCAUGGUUUUCGGUGAAAUCACCACCAAGGCUGUCUUGGACUACCAAAAGAUUAUCAGAGACACCAUUAAGCACAUUGGUUACGACCACUCUGAAAAGGGUUUCGACUACAAGACCUGUAACGUUUUAGUUGCCAUCGAACAACAAUCUCCAGAUAUUGCUCAAGGUUUACAUUACGAGAAGGCUUUGGAAGAAUUAGGUGCUGGUGAUCAAGGUAUCAUGUUUGGUUACGCUACCGACGAAACCGAAGAAAAGUUACCUUUAACCUUGUUAUUGGCUCACAAGUUAAACGCUGCUAUGGCUGCUGCCAGAAGAUCUGGUGAAUUAGCUUGGUUAAGACCUGAUACCAAGACUCAAGUUACCAUUGAGUACGCCAAGGAUGGUGGUGCUGUCAUCCCAUUAAGAGUUGACACCAUUGUUAUCUCUACCCAACACGCUGAAGAAAUCACCACUGAAGACUUAAGAUCUGAAGUUAUCGCUAAGAUCGUCAAGAAGGUUAUCCCAGCCAAAUACUUGGACGACAAGACCAAGUACCACAUUCAACCAUCUGGUAGAUUCGUCAUUGGUGGUCCUCAAGGUGAUGCUGGUGUUACCGGUAGAAAGAUUAUCGUUGACACUUACGGUGGUUGGGGUGCUCACGGUGGUGGUGCUUUCUCCGGUAAGGAUUUCUCCAAGGUCGACAGAUCUGCCGCCUACGCUGCCAGAUGGGUUGCCAAGUCCUUGGUGCACGCUGGCUUAGCCAGAAGAGCCUUGGUUCAAUUCUCUUACGCUAUCGGUGUUGCUGAACCAUUAUCUAUCUACGUUGAUACUUACGGUACCUCCAAGUACUCCUCUGACGAAUUGGUUGCCAUCAUUGAAAAGAACUUCGACUUGAGACCAGGUUGUAUUGUUAAGGAAUUAAACUUAGCUAGACCAAUCUACUUCAAGACUGCUUCUUACGGUCACUUCACCAACCAAGAAAACUCAUGGGAACAACCAAAGAAAUUGGAAUUAUAA